AUGCCCACAGACACCUUCAGGGCCAUCAUCGUCUCAAGGCUCAUCAGCAUUGUCACCUACGCUUCGCACUCCUCCAUCGUCAGCCACUCGACGACAAAGGGAAGAGACGCCCCCUUCAUCACCACCGUGUACCUCGUCGCGUACGCUGCAUCUCUACUCUCCACGCAAACCUUCUUCCUCUUCAUUUACAAUCAAGGGCAAUGUCACGCCUUCGAGAGCUUCGGCCUUCUUUGCGCCCAGAGCCAGGCUCAGGACAGGAGCAUCGGCAUCAUCAUCCACUCUGACCAGCCCUGCCCUGAAUGGCUCGCUGUAGGCGAUAACGAGGGCACCCUCUCCCUCAUCGAUACGAGCAUCCCGGCGAGCGAUACCGAUAUCCGCCGUCCCAACUGGAAGGCAACGACGGGAUCCCUCUUCUCAGUAAGCUGGCGCUUUGAUGAUCGAUUCAUCGCCACGAGUGGGUCUGAUUACUCGGUCAAGGUUUGGGACACGGCCAGCGGCAAGCUCGUUAAUUCCUUUCACGGCUCGAGGGGUACAGCCAGGACCAUUGAAUGGGAUCCCGCAGGCAAUGGCCAUCUUCUGGCAAGUGGAGGACGCGAUGGGGCAGUCCACGUCUACGAUACUAGGACGCCGACCGGCCACGCAGUAAUGAACCUCGGCCAUGGAGCAGGAAGCGGCGAUGAGGCCGACAGAGGCGACGAGCCCGAGUCAUUGGCACCGUUGCUCUCUCUAUGGUCAGCCCAUGCCAACUCGUACAGCGGCGUCAAGCGUAAGACCUCGGUGGCAGCUACGGCGCCUCGAGGAGUCACAAGCAUCUCCUAUCAUCGCCAUCAUCAGCAUAAUCUCAUCACGACGGGCUGCACGGACGCGCGCAUCAAGAUGUGGGACCUGAGAUUCGCCGUCGCUCGUAAGAGUCACGGCAGCCAGCAGCCAAGGAGUGGUGAUGCUGCGGGCGCUCCGAGCUUUUCAAGGGUGCCAUUUAGCGACGUAGACGUCAACGCGGCCACGCCGUACUCAGAUACCUUGAUCACAUCGAGCGGCAGGCGCGCUCGCAAGGUCAAGCCGCGCAAGGCUCGACCAGGCUCACCGUCCUUUGUGCUAGGACCCAGCGACCACGUUGACAGCGAAUUGACAGAUACAGCCUGCACCAGCAGCGAAGAGCGCAUCGCAAUCAAGCCCGUCUACGAGUCGAACGAUCUCUCCACCAGCGUCGGACACGGCUGGAACGCUCGCGCCCACGGCAUUUCGAGCAUUGUCGGCGGAAUCGACGACGAAGGACACGGCAGCUCAUCAUCUCACACGCUCUGGGCAGCGUGUACCGACGGGCGAAUCUAUGGCGUGCCUUACCACCUGCUCGACCCUGCAGGCUCCAGUAGCUUCGAUAUCCUCGCCCAACGCGACGAAGAGCUGGCCUCAAUCGAGACCCUCUAUCACCCCACGCAGCGGGGCAACUCCCUCUACAACCGUCUCUCCCUCUGCCCUGACGGACGGACCUUGGCCCUUGGUUGCAACUCAGGGGACGUUCUGCUGUGGGACGUCAAGGCCAAGACGCCAACGGUGUUGCGGCGCUUUGCUCUCGCUGACUCCUCGGCGGCGCUUAGCGGGACUGGCGCGCAUCAGCGCAACUGUGAGGUCAACUCAGUUUCGUGGUGCUUUGCAGCUAGCGGCGGUGAGGGCGAUGUGGGCAAGGGAUCGGCAUGGAAGCUGGCGAGCGCGGCCGAUGACUGUGUAGUCAGGACUUGGACGAUGGACCGGGCACUGAGUGGGGAGAGGAGCCGGCGACUCGAUGGGGAUCAAGGGUGUGGAGAGGAGGAGGACCAGUACUGGUAGAUGGAGCGAGCAGGCGAAGACGAGGAGGGCAUCAUCAACAUCACGCGCAGCAUGCUAGAUCUGCCAAUCAUACCAAUCAAUCGUCCUCUGC